AUGGGAGACUUAGAUGGAAAUACAGUUCUAGCUCAAGCUCUUAAAAAGCAAGGCAUUGAAUAUGUUUUUGGAAUCAUUGGUUAUCCAGUUAUUGAACUUAGCAUGGCAUUACAAAUGGCCGAUAUUCACUACAUUGGUAUGCGCAAUGAACAAGCAGCUUGUUAUGCAGCUCAAGCUAUAGGUUACUUAACUGGCAAUCCGGGAGCUGUAUUGGUAGUGUCAGGUCCAGGACUGUUACAUACAUUUGGUGGUUUGGCCAAUGCACAAAUAAAUUGUUGGCCAGUUCUUGUAUUAGGUGGAUCUGCUCCACAAGAUCAUGAAGGAAUUGGAGGAUUUCAGGAGUGUAAUCAGCCAUGCCCCUUAACUACAUUAGAUUCGGACGAAGAAUCUUUCGUUGUUUUGGGCCAGUCUAUUCCGGAUGCUAGCACUGAACUGUAUCCAGAACCGAUUGGAUUGUCCGUCAUAGCAGAAGCAAAAAGAUUAAUAAAUUCAGAGCUGGAAGCUAUCGACCAGGCGAAAAAUAAUGACGAAAAAAAGGUGUCUUUGGAGUCCAAUAAAGAUGCUUUUAAACUAAGUUUGUGUAAAAUGGAUACAUCUAAAAAUUUUCCUAUGACAAAUAUAGAGAAGGGUGUUGAAUCAUCUAGUGUUAUUAGCAUUGCUUCCUUUACACCUGACAUGUCUUCCGAAGAAGUUCAGAAAAAAAUAGCUCAUAUCAUAGACGAAAAUAUACGUCUGAAGGACACCGUACUACAAAACAACCUGAGCUUAAAAUCUCAAUAUGAACGCAUCGUUGCUUGGCAAGAAGAUGUUCAAAAAGUCCAUCAAGCCCACAAAGAUAAACUACUAGAAGCUAAAACUUUUCUUGAAACUUUAAGAAGAGAAAAGGACAAUUUGAAACGUGAAUUGACGAAAGCUAUUGAACUCAAUGAUAAUUAUGCAUGCCAAAUUGUGGAAUUGAAGAAACGAUUAGAUGAAAAGGAUAAUCAAAGAUAUGACGACAGCAUCAAAGAAUCUCAGCUAAAAGAUCAAGAAAAGAAAAUUUCUGACCUGGAACUUCAGUUAAAUAAUAUGUCUAUUGAGAAAAAACAAGAUGAAGAACAGAAAAAUAUGGUUAGUAAAUUGCAAGCACAUCUAAACGAAAUUAUUGAAGAACGCAAUAGUGCCAAUAUAAAAAUGGAGGAAUUACGUGCAGAGUUGUUUAGCAAAACUCAGCGUGAAGAAUCCCUUCACAUGACUAUAACUUCCCUAAAAUCACAAAUGGAAGCCCUAGCUCCAGCAGAAGAGGUAAAGACACUCCGGACACAAUUAGGUGAGACCCAAAAUGCUUUAACUAGAAUGGAAGCGACAAGGAGCCGUGCAUAUUCACAAGUUCGUGAGUUGACAGAUGAAUUAUCUGAAGUUAGAAGUCAAUUAGAGUCGUUAAAAUCACAAACUCAAGAAAGAUCAAGAGAUAGCGAAUUGGAUCACGAGGAGAUGUGUGUUCUAAAAAUGCAGAUGGAUGUAUAUAAAACGGAUUUCGAGGAAGAAAGGCGCGCUAGAGAGGUUAUUAAAGGCGAAAAAGAUCGACUUGAAGAAGACCUCCAAAACAUACAGCGACGUAACCAACAACUUCAAGAAGAAAUAGAGUUGCUUAGAAGAGAAGGGAAUAACUUUGUAAUCCCACCUCGUCCUUCUCCUCCAAGAGUAGAACAAAUUCGUCAACCUUCAGCUCCUUCCCCAUCCAGAAACGAAUUGUUAAGGUGUCCCAAGUGCAAUUUUGCUUUCAACGAUCUUGCCCAUCUCGAAACGCACGUUUACCGAUGUUUGGAUAUGGAGCUUUCUUAAAUUAGAUGUAUACAAUAUAUGUGUUUAUUUUUAUUGACUAUAUAUAUAUAUAUAUAUAUAUAUAUAUAUAUAUAUAUAUAUAUAUAUAUAUAUAUAUAUAUAUUAUAGUAUAUGUUAU